UCAAACGCUACAAUAUUUUUCUAUACUCGUGCUGUCAUGUUGUCAUUUAUUCGCUGUCAGUUGACUUCAGCUGUCGGUUUCACGAAAAUUCGGCAAAAUCUAGCCGAAAUUAAAAAUAUACAUCCAAGUUUUACACGAACAAUAACGAUGGCCAAUGAAGGAAUUUCGCCACAGGAGAUCGAGGCUCUUUGCCAAACCCCGGAUCCCUCUACUAGGGACUUCAUGUUCCAACAAACGAUGUACCGCAUCAAGGAUCCUCGCAAGUCCAUCCCGUUCUACACCGGAGUGCUCGGCAUGAGUCUACUGAAGCAGCUUCACUUCCCCGAGAUGAAGUUCUCACUGUUCUUCAUGGGAUAUGAGAACCUUGCUGAGAUACCGUCUGAUGAAGCCACUAGGACCGCUUGGGCUAUGACCAGGAAAGCUACUUUGGAGUUGACAUAUAACUGGGGCACAGAGAGUGACGACUCGAGCUACCACAACGGCAACUCGGAUCCCAGAGGGUUCGGACACAUCGGUAUUCUAGUGAGGAAUGUGGAUGAAGCUUGUGCCAGGUUUGAACAGCAAGGCGUGAAGUUCAUCAAGCGGCCCAACGAUGGCAAGAUGAAGGGUCUGGCCUUCAUCCAAGAUCCUGACGGCUACUGGAUCGAGAUCUUCGCUAGCAAUGUUGUUUAACACCGUAAACACUAAUCACCACAGUUAUAUCACCAUGUUUGGUACAGUGGUAUGGUUUAAAUAUGUGAUUACUAGCUGAUUUGGCAAACUUCGUACCGCUUCAAACAUUUUUUCUCACCUUUUAAACCUUCCCGGGACUUCCACAAAUAAUUCAAGACCAAAAUUUGCUUAAACUCUCUCACACACGCAUGCAUGUGUGCGCACACGCACAUACAUUCAAAACACUAAUAAAUCAAUUAAAACAUUGUUUCCAAUCAUUUCUAAUUAUCUUACAAUCAUUGAUUAUUAUGUAGAAUAAUAAAUAUUGUAAUUGUUUUUGACACAGCAAACAUCUUUAAAACAUGAUUAUAAAACACAAUUUUUAUACUAUGUCAAUUGAAAUCAAUUAAUUUGAACCAUACACUGUACUAAACUAUAUGAAAUAAGAAAUGUAUGUAAUGUACACAUAAUUAUGAUACAUAUUAUAUGGAAUUGUUUACAUAAAGAGCUAUGAUGCUGAGCAAGAAAUAUAUUCUAUAUGACUGAUUAUAAUAUAUCAUGUAACCAAACAACCAAUAGGUAUUCAUUGGGUUUUUAUAUAAUAUUUUAACAGUGAAGAAUUACGUACAAUUUGUGUAUAAAAAGCUACACUUCUGCCCAUCCCUUUUGGGUUAUAAGCAGUUUCUAUGUAGCUUGAUAUAUACUACUUACUAUCAGUAAAAGUUUUCUAUAAUGUGGCAUGAUAACAAAUAUUGAAAACCAUUUUCUUAAUUGUUAUGUUUUUCGGCUCACGUAAGUUUUUGACGAGGAACUCAACUAGUUUUAAGCCAUGCUAGAGGCUCAUAUUCGUGAGUCGCAUUCCGCUACAUACGACGCAGCAAUUGUCGCGCUGCUACUGCAACUAGUCGAGUUCCUCGUUAAAUAGUCACAUAAGUAGGCAGAUAGCUGGUGUACUAAGGAGUAACUUAGACUACUUUUAUUAAAAGUAAGCGUUCACAGGCCCGAAUCGUACGCAUCGCACGCAUUCCGUAUAACGUCACCAGUACGCAUCGCAUGUAGACAUUGCCGAUGAUGCGGUCCGUACGAUGCGGAUCAGUGGACGCAGUUGUAUGAGUUUCUAUACAAGACAAACUAAAAUCCGUUGCGUACGAUGCGGGCAACAUAACAUUUCAGAAAAAAUCAAAAGAACAAAUUCUGUUGGCAGUCAUUAUAGAAAAUGUAAUCUUGAUUUCUAUAUUUUAUACUAUAGCAUCAAAGUAUUGUAAACAAAGUACUUACCUAUAAAUAAAACUAUUGUUGAUCAAAAGUUAGAUUGUAAAUUUUUGUAAUAUUGUAAGCGAGCCCACUGCUGGGCAAUGGAGCAAUGUGAUCGAUAAUUAAUUGUAAGGAAACGUUUUGUAUUUUAUUUUAUUUGUUAUCUAUUGGUUCUUACGUGCAAUUAUUAUCAUUGAAUAUAAUUAUAUUGUUAUUUACUA